CACUUGCUCUGGCUCUUGAUUAAAUGUCAAGGACUGAUCCAGCCCAACUGCUUCCUUGGUGGCCUCAAGCCUCCCGUCUCUUAUCUGGGUCCUUGGCGGUUGGGCUUUGGAGACCACGUCUGUUGAGAUAGAUUCUUAGGAUAAAGAAGAUUCUGGGGUGGGGAGGGGCAGGAAGAGUGGUGGGAGGUUAGAGUCCCUCCAGCGGGCUUCAGGGGUCAGAGACUUGGAACAGUUAACACACCCCUGCCCUCCCCUCCGCUCAGUCUCUAGAGACCUACGGAGUCUUCAACGCCGCCCAGUCACCAGUAACUGCCCAGCACUUGAGGGGUGGCACAGGGGAAAGGAGGCUGACACUGACCCCAAGCAACUCGUCACCUGGACAAGAUGAGAGUGUCAGGUGUGCUUCGCUUCCUGGCCCUUAUCUUUGCCCUGGUCACCACGUGGAUCUGUAUUCGCAGCUACAUCAGCUUAAACAUGAAAACUCUCCGUCUGCCCCGCUGGCUGACAGAUUUGGCCACCAAGGAGAUCCCGGUUGUGAGGACCAAGUGUGGCCUCACCAAGCCCUGCCCAAAAGAGUUCUUCGCCUUUAAAAUCAGCAGCGGGGCCGCCAACGUCGUGGGCCCCACCAUGUGCUUCGAAAACCAGGUGAUCAUGAGUCCUGUGAAAAACAACGUGGGCAGAGGCCUGAACAUUGCGCUGGUGAACGGAACCUCAGGAACGGUGCUAACACAGAAAUCUUUCGACAUGUACUCCGGAGACGUGAAGCUCCUGGUGAAAUUCCUUAAGGAAAUUCCAGAGGGCACGCUGGUGCUGGUGGCAUCCUAUGACGACCCAGGGACCAAAAUGAACGACGAGACCCGGAAGCUCCUCUCCAGCCUGGGCAGUUCGUACGCAAAGCAGCUGGGCUUCCGAGAUAGCUGGGUCUUCUUGGGGGCCAAAGACCUCAAGGACAAAAGCCCCUUUGAGCAGUUCUUAAAGAACAACCCAAGCAAAAACAAAUACGAUGGCUGGCCGGAGUUGCUGGAGCUGGAGGGCUGCGUUCCCCGGAAGAUCGUGUAGAGUGGCUGCGGACCAAAGAAGUUUCUGGGCUGCUCUAGGAGUCAGAACUGGCCGUAGCGACGAGGAGUCUGUGGAGACUGCUGGGGGGAUCCCCACGCACGGUGCACCUCCCCUGUUUGGAGGCAGACCCUUCUCAUGGGCUGAGGCAGCCCACCCGAGAUGGUCAGACUCAGGGAUCUUUCCAGAGCCUGUCUGCUCUGGAGAAAACAGGCUGGCUGUCACUCCCGAGGAAGGACAGACUGCCCAUACGUGUGGCACACAAGUAAAUUUAAUUUUUAUUGGUUUUGAAUGAA